AUGUCGUGGUGUGAAGGUUCUGGAGGCAAGAUGACUUUGGUCAAGUUGCUCCUCUCCUUAAUGCUGCUACACACACUUUCUGAAGCCUCUAAUCAGCCUCCUCGUUUCCAGAAUUACUUCUUCCAGUCGUACCUGCUUAUCUAUGAGAACACACCAGUCGUCAAGGAUACAGUGAACAUUCAGAUCGGAGAUGUAAAUGACAAUGCGCCAUCCUUUUUCAACCAGCCCUAUGCUGUUCAAAUACCAGAGAACACUCCAGUGGGAACGUCCGUGUUCAUGGUGAAUGCGACAGACCCGGAUCAGGGUGUGGGCGGCAGUGUGCUCUUCUCCUUCCAGCCUCCCUCUCCGUUCUUCUCAAUUGAUGGGGCCAGGGGAAUCGUUACUGUGACGAGAGCGCUGGACUAUGAGACGACAAACGCCUAUCAGCUCACUGUUAAUGCCACGGACCAGGAUAAGAGGCGUCCGCUCUCGAGUCUGGCUAAUUUGGCGAUUACCAUCACUGAUGUUCAAGACAUGGACCCCAUCUUCACCAACCUGCCGUACAGCACUAAUAUAAUGGAGGACGCACCACCAGGUUAUGAAGUCCGUAAGAUCACAGCGCUCGAUCAAGACUUAGGUCGACCACGUGGAAUUGGAUAUACGUUCAUAUCAGGUAACACCAACAGCGUGUUUGCUCUUGACUACAUCAGCGGAUCCCUGAAAGUGAGUGGACAGCUGGACCGGGAAAACCCUUUGUACUCAUCCGGAUUCACCAUCACAGUAAAGGCCACAGAGCUGAAUGACGACCGCACACCCUCGUCUGCCACCGUCAUGACCACCUUCACCAUCCUGCUGAUCGAUAAAAAUGACAAUCCGCCCAGGUUUAACAGCUCUGAAUAUCGCGUCCUGAUCACAGAGCUGGCGCAGGUCGGCUUCGCUCUGCCUCUGUACAUACAGGUCGAAGACAAAGACGAGGGGGUGAACAGCAUGUUUCAGGUGGUCCUGACAGGAAAUAACUCUGAGCACUUCAGCAUCUCUCCCACCUCAGUGCAGGGCAGAGCAGACCUCCGUGUGCGUGUGGCCAUCCCGCUGGACUACGAAACCAUCAGGAGCUACAGCUUUUCUCUCUAUGCCAACGAGUCUCUAUCAGAGCAUGUGGGGUUUGCUCGAGUCUUCAUCGACCUCGUCAACGAGAACGACAACAGACCGAUCUUCAGCCAGACGCUUUAUAACAUCAGCUUACCCGAGAUCACCGCUCCUGGAACAUCUCUACUGCAGAUAAAGGCCACGGAUAAUGACAUUGGCACGUUUGGAGUGGUUCGGUAUUACUUCAGCGAUGAGCCAGACCAGUUCUCAUUGGAUGUUGAGACAGGUUGGGUGACGCUGCGAGACUGUUUGGAUUAUGAGCUCAUGAGGCGCUUUACUUUAACAAUAUUGGCCCGUGAUGGAGGAGGGGAGGAGACUACAGGACGCCUUCGCAUUAACGUGAUGGAUGUAAACGACAAUGCACCAAUCUUCCAGAAGGAGGCGUAUACGGGUUCACUUAUGGAGAACGAACAGGCUCCACAACAAAUAAUCCGAGCCCGGCUUGUUCAUGCUGUCAUCACCGUGAAUCGUCCUCUGGAUUAUGAGCAGGUUCCAGGUGGAUCGAUCUUUCUGACUCUGAUGGCCAGAGAUGGAGGGAACCCGUCCCUCAACAGCACUGUUCCCGUCACCAUAGAGCUGUUUGACGAGAAUGACAACCCACCCGAGUUCAGCCUCCCGUCUUACAUCGUCAACAUACCUGAGAAUAUCGUUGCAGGAGCGACAGUGUUGUUUGUGAACGCCACAGACCUGGACGCGUCUCGGGAGUUUGGUCAGGUCUCUCUCAUCUAUUCCCUGCAGGGCAGCUCACAGUUCAGACUCAACACUCGCUCAGGAGAGAUCACCACCACAGCUCUUCUGGAUCGAGAGAUGAAGUCCGAGUACAUUCUGAUCGUAAGAGCCGUUGAUGGAGGGGUGGGACCACAGCAGAAAACCGGCAUCGCUACGGUGAACAUCACUAUUCUGGACAUAAAUGAUAACGCCCCCAUGUGGCGAGAUGAGCCGUAUCAAGCGAAUGUUGUGGAGAUGAGUCCCAUGGAUACUGACGUUAUUACUGUAUUAGCGGUGGACCCUGAUUAUGGUGAUAAUGGGAUGGUGGUCUACUCUAUAAAUCCAGGGAACCCCUUUUACACCAUCAACCGCAACACCGGGAAGAUCCGCACCAGUGGGGCGGUGCUGGACCGAGAGAGUCAGAACGCCCGCUCCGCACAGCUUAUGAGGACCAUCAUUGUCUCUGCUACCGACCUUGGGACGCCUCCACUGCGCUCUUCAGCCAGCGCUACAGUGUAUGUGAACCUCCUGGACCUCAACGAUAAUGAUCCUGCCUUUAUCAACCUCCCAUUUGUCGCUGAAGUACCAGAGGGGCUUCCCAUUGGAUCAUCUGUGUUCAGGGUGCAGGUGCAGGACCCUGAUGAAGGUGAAAAUGGUGCGGUAACCAUGGCGCUUCAGAUGGGGAUGCCACGGCUGGACUUCAGGCUCAACACCACCACAGGGGUCCUGGUUUCCACCGCAGUGCUGGACCGCGAGCAGAUCGGCCAGUAUUAUCUGAGGAUUAUUGCGUAUGACGCAGACCAGUUUCCUCGAACUUCCACGAGUACUCUCACUAUCACAGUUUUGGACAUGAAUGAUGAGACGCCAACCUUCUUCCCCAGCAUGUAUAACGUAUCGUUGGAUGAAAACGUGCCCCGUGACUAUGUGGUGGUCAGACUGAACUGCACGGAUAAUGACGCGGGUCUUAACUCAGAGCUCAGCUAUUUUAUCACAGCUGGGAACCAAGAUGGAACGUUUAGUGUGGGUUUCCGGACUGGAAUAGUACGGACUGUGGUGGGUCUGGACCGCGAGACUCAGGCCUUGUACAGGCUAGUGAUUGAAGCGAUUGAUAAUGGUCCAGCGGGAAGUCGGAGGACAGGAACAGCUACAGUAUAUGUGGAGGUGCUGGACGUCAAUGACAACAGGCCUAUAUUCCUCCAGAACAGCUAUGAGACCAGCGUCCUGGAGAACAUACCCAGAGGAACUAGUAUAUUACAGGUUCAGGCCACAGAUGCAGAUCAGGGGGAGAAUGGAAGAGUUCUGUACAGGAUUCUCUCUGGCAACAAUGGUCAGUUUAAUGUGGACAGUCUGUCUGGACUCAUCAGCAGAGGAACUGCGGCUCUGAACCGAGAGACACGUAGCUCUCAUGUGCUGGAGGUGGAGGCCUAUAACAGUGACCAGGGCAGCAUGCGCAGCUCUGUCAGGGUGAUUGUGUAUGUGGAGGACGUGAAUGACGAGUCUCCAGUCUUCACUCAGUCGCAGUACAAUCGCCUGGGGCUCAGAGAGACUGCUGGGAUUGGUACAUCUGUGGUAGUGGUCCGAGCUACAGACCCCGACACAGGUGAUGGGGGCGCUGUAGCGUAUGCUCUGGUUUCUGGCUCUGACCAUAAGUUUGAGGUGGAUGUAAGUACGGGUCUGCUAACUACAAUGGAUUACUUGGACUACGAGACCAAGACCAGCUAUUUAAUGAACGUCUCAGCCACAGAUCAGUCUCCACCGUUCCACAGCAGCUACUGCAGUGUCUACGUAACUUUACUCAAUGAACUGGACGAAGCCGUGGCCUUUCUAUCAACCGGUUAUGAAAUACCGCUGAUGGAGAACAUCGCCACGGGAACAGAGGUGGUCCAGGUGAAGGCGCAGUCGGCCGAUAACCUGAACCAGCUGACGUACCGCUUCGACCCUGACACCUCACCUGCUGCCCUGGCGCUCUUUAAGAUUGAUGGUGUCACGGGCCGUAUAACUGUGACGGGACUGUUGGACAGAGAGAGAGGCGAUUCAUACACUCUCACUGUUGUGGCCGAUGAUGGAGGACCCAAGAGAGGCUCCACUGUGAAGGUGUCAAUCACCAUUCUUGAUGAGAAUGACAACAGCCCAGAGUUUGACAUCACUUCGGAUUUGUCAGUGGCUAUUCCAGAGGACACACCCAUUGGCCAGAGAGUUGCUAUCGUGUUGGCACGGGACAAAGACGCUGGAAGAAAUGGACUGGUGAAUUUCACCUUGAUCGCAGGGAACAUGCAGGACGUGUUUAAGAUCAACACAGCCAAUAAUACGUAUGGAGAGGUUUACUUGAACGCCCGUCUGGACCGUGAAGCUGUUGACCGUUACCUGCUUAAAGUGCGGGCGACGGAUAACGGUUCCCCUCCGAGGUUCACAGAUGUGUCGCUCACGGUGAAUAUUUUGGAUGAGAACGAUAACCCUCCCGUGCUGCAGAGCCCUCGUGGGUACAACGUCAGCGUCAGUGAGAAUGUGGGUGGCGGUACAUCUGUCCUGCGUGUUGUAGCGACGGAUCGGGACAUUGGACCCAAUGCCAUGCUGUCGUACUACAUCACCGGCGGUAACCAGGACCUGACCUUCAGAAUGGACCGUAUGACAGGAGAGAUAGUGACCCGACCGUCACCUCCUGACAGAGAAAAACAGCAGCAGUACACACUCACUGUAACUGUGGAAGAUGACGGAAUGCCACCUUUAUCAACGUCCACCAUCGUUUGGGUCCGUAUAAUUGAUGAAAAUGACAAUGCGCCUGAGUUUCCAGAGGAAGAGUAUGUGACGGAGCUCAGAGAGGGGCCAAACACUGUAGGAGCCAUUAUCGCAACGGUUACUGCCAUCGAUCCUGAUGAAGAACUCAACGGAACCAUCCGUUAUGCCAUCUCCAAGGGCAACCUGGCCCAGACGUUCCAGAUCAAUAGCAUAACGGGUCAGAUUGUGGUCAUUAAGGAGCUGGAUUAUGAGAUCAGUAAUGGUCAUUAUGUGCUGACAGUCACAGCUACAGAUCAGUGUCCUAUACCUCAGUUCAGACUGACCUCCAGCACCACAGUCCUGGUGAAUGUGGUAGAUGUGAACGAUAAUGCACCCAUCUUCCCGAGACCAUUCGAAGGUCCGUUUGAAAUCACAGAGGGUCAGCCGGGUCCACGUGUGUGGACCGUUAAAGCAGCGGAUGCCGACUCGGGAUCCAACGGAAAAGUGGAGUACAGCAUCACCGCAGGGGACCUGAAAAAUGAGUUUGUAAUUUCAUCGGUUGAGGGAGAGUUAAGAGUGAGGAGAGAUGUGGAGCUGGACAGAGAAACUAUCGCCUAUUACAACAUCACCAUUACUGCCAAAGAUCUGGGAACGCCAGCGCUCAGCGCUAUGGUGGUAGUGAGCAUUCAGGUGUUGGACAUUAAUGAUAACGACCCCAUCCUGCUCAACUUACCCUAUAACACCAGCGUGAGCGAGGGAGCACCGAUCCACACCUCCAUCACUCAAGUGCGGGCACAAGACUCUGACAGCGACCGCAAUGCUCUCCUCACAUACAGCAUCACCGCCGGCAACAGUGAUGGAUCAUUCUACAUUAAUGAGACAUCAGGUGUAGUUCAGGUGAACAGGCCGCUGGACAGAGAGAGAGUGGCUGAAUACAGCCUCACCAUCACCGUCAAAGACAACCCAGACAACCCUCGCAUCGCACGCAGGGAUUCAGAGUUGUUGGUGGUGACUGUGCUGGAUGUGAAUGACAACAGGCCCAUCUUCACCCAGUCCAGCUACAGGGGCGAGAUCAGUGAAAACUCCCCCACAGGCACCACUGUGUUGAUUCUAAACGGCCCAGUUCUAGCAGAGGACAAAGACAUUGGGGAGAAUGCGGUGGUGAGGUAUCGUCUCCUGGGAAACAGAGUGGACCUUUUCUCCAUAGACUCCCGCACAGGGGUGGUAUCGGCGCGUGCAGGUGCUGUGCUGGACCGGGAGGCUUUCUCUGUGCCGCGGGUGGAGCUGUUUCUGCUUGGGGAGGAUGUGGGAGGUUUAAACAGCACCGUCCCACUCACAAUCACCAUCCUCGACAUAAAUGACAACCCACCUGUCUUCAAUCCAUCCAGUUUCACUGUACACCUGCCAGAAAACAGCCCCACAGGUGUGGUAGUAACGCAGCUGUCGGCGAGUGACGCUGAUGGUGGCUCUAACGGUUGGCUGCAGUAUCGGUUAGACAGCGGCGCUCAGGACCGUUUCAUUGUUGACGCUCUCUCUGGUGCCGUUGUGGUGGGCAAUGCUACACUGGACCGAGAGGAGCGUAGCUCGUACCGUCUAGUUGUCAUAGCAACUGACCGAGGCACACCCCCUCUCUCAGGAACGGCGAUGUUAACUGUUGUUCUGGACGAUGUCAAUGACUCCCGUCCUCGUUUCAUACGGCCUGUGCAGACUAUCAGCGUUAACGAGUCAACACCGCCAGGAGAGGUUAUAGCUACGCUCACUGCCGAGGACGCUGAUCUACGACCCCGCCUGGAGUAUUACAUCAUCUCUGUGGAAGCAAAGGAUGAUGGGAAUAAUCCAGUGGAUGGGCUGCAGCAGUCGUUUGGAAUUGACUUUUACACAGGUGCUGUGUUUGUACGAAACCCCUUGAACCGAGAGCUGGUUGCCACUUUUGAGAUCAUCGUUUCAGUGCAUGACAAUGCCAGUGAUGUUAUUGACAUGUCCGUCAGUGUACCCAACGCUAAAUUAACCAUCAACGUGCUGGAUGUGAAUGACAACGCUCCUCGUUUUCGUCCUUUCGGGGUAGCGAACUUCUCCGAGAGGAUUCUGGAGGGUGCUGUGUCUGGUACCACACUGCUGUCGGUGACGGCUGUGGAUCCUGAUAAAGGGCCCAACGGACAGAUCAUCUACCAGCUCCUACACCUGCCCCGUGGAGACUACAUAAGACUUGAAGACCCUUCUACAGGUAAAAUUGUGGCCAAUCGGACAGUGGAUUAUGAACAAGUGCAGUGGUUGAACUUCACGGUGCGUGCUCAGGAUCACGGCACGCCUCCUCGCUUUGCCGAACUUCCUGUCUAUUUGCGCAUUGUUGAUGUCAACGACAACAACCCAGUCUUUCAGCAACCUUUAUAUCAGAAGUCCAUUUUUGAGGAUGUUGCACUUGGCACCAUUAUUGUAAGUGUGAGUGCGACAGAUGCAGACUCCGGUCUGUUCUCUGUCAUUGAAUACGGGCUAGUGGAUGGAGAGGGCAAGUUCGGCAUCACACCCACUACGGGUGACAUCUACAUCCUGUCUGUCCUGGACAGAGAGACCAAGGACCGUUACACUCUCACAGCCUAUGCCAGGGACAACCCCGGAGGCAACCCCAACAACCGCAGAGAAAACUCCGUCCAGGUGCAGUUGACAGUGAUGGAUGUAAAUGAUUUCCGCCCACGUUUCUCAGAGAGAGUCUUCACCACUAGUAUGUUUGAGAAUGAGCCGGUUGGUACAUCAGUGAUCACGAUGAAGGCCAUUGACCUCGAUGAGGGGGAGAAUGCAUUACUUACCUACAGUCUACAGGGCCCUGGAGCGGAUGCGUUCUCUCUGGAUCCUGACACUGGGCUGAUUCGCUCCCUGCGGUUACUGCAGAGUUUUGAGAGGUUUAAUCUGACCGUGGUGGCGACUGAUCAUGGCAGAACGCCACUCUGGGGAACCACCAGUCUUCAGAUCACCGUCAUAGAUGUCAAUGAUAACAGGCCGGUCUUUGUGCGGCCUGCCAAUGGCACUAUCAUGCACAUACUUGAGGAACAGCCUCCUGGGCUGGUGGUGUAUGAAGUGUUCGCCACAGACGAGGAUGAGGGGGUGAACGGAGAGGUCCGGUACAGCUUCCUGCAGACUGGAGCAGGAAAUAGAGACUGGGAGAACUUCCAUAUUGAUGCAGUGACCGGAGUGAUCACCACUGCGGUUACACUGGACAGAGAGAAACAAGCCCUGUACAGUCUGGUUGUGGUGGCGUAUGACCUCGGGCAGCCCGUCCCAUAUGAGACCAUGCAGCCGCUGCAGGUGGCUCUGUCUGACAUCGACGACAACGAACCUGUCUUUUUUAAACCUCCGAGAGGAAGUUUGCCAUAUCAGUCUCUGUCGGUGCCUGAGCACUCGUCUCCUGGGACUGUUGUGGGCAAUGUGACUGGUGCAGUGGACGCGGACGAGGGCUCUAAUGCUAUCGUCUACUAUUCCAUUGCAGGAGGCGAUACCGUGGGAAACUUUGGUAUGAGUGUGGCCGGAGUUUUACAGGUCAAAAAAGAUCUGGAUCGGGAAGAAAUCCCAGUGUAUUCCAUCAUUGUUAAAGCGUCCAGUAACCGAAACUGGUCUCCUCCGAGAGGUCAAAGGUCACAGCGGGCCCAAGUGCUUGACCCAAGCCGUGACCCUACAUUACAGGAAGUAAGAAUCUUCCUUGAGGACAUCAACGACCAAUCUCCGAGAUUCACAAAGAUGGAGUACACUGCAGGUGUGGCUGCGGAUGCUAAAGUGGGCUCUGAUCUGAUCCGGGUUCAAGCGAUUGAUAAUGACAUUGGCAACAACAGUCUUGUUCUUUAUCACAUUCUGUCCAUCCGCUACAUCAAACUGCAUUCCAAUGACUCUGAAGACAUGGGCAACGUCUUCAUCAUCGGUGAGACUGAUGGAAUCAUCCGAACGUUUGACCUGUUUAUGGCAUAUGAUCUGGGUUAUUUUGUGGUGGAGGUUCUGGCGAGAGAUCUGGCAGGACACAGUGACGUGACUCUAGUGGGCAUUUACAUUCUGAGAGACGACCAGCGGGUGAAAAUCGUCAUUAAUGAGAUACCGGAGCGUGUCCGGCUGUUUCAGGAGGAGUUUAUAAACCUGCUCUCAAACAUCACAGGAGCCAUAGUUAACACUGAUGACGUACAGUUUCAUGUGGAUAAAAAGGGAAGAGUGAACUUCGCUCAAACCGAUGUUCUGAUUCAUGUGGUCAACAAGCAGACCAACCGUAUUCUAGAUGUGGAGAGGGUGAUUCAGAUGAUCGAUGAGAACAAGGAGCAGUUGAGGAAUCUGUUUAGAAACUACAACGUUCUGGAUGUUCAGCCUGCUGUGACCACUCGUGCACCUGAUGACCUCACCACCUUACAGAUGGCUAUUAUCAUCUUGGCAGUUUUACUCUUCCUUGCUGCCAUGUUGUUUAUCCUGAUGAACUGGUAUUACCGCACAGUGCACAAAAGGAAGCUGAAGGCAAUUGUUGCUGGCUCCACAGGAAAUCAGGGGUUGAUGGAUAUUCUGGAUAUGCCCAACACAAACAAGUACACAUUUGAAGGAGCAAAUCCAGUGUGGCUAGAUCCUUUCUGCAGGAAUCUGGAGUUAGCAGCACAGGCGGAGCAUGAGGACGACCUUCCUGAAGACUUAAGUGACAUUGCUGACCUCUGGAACAGCCCGGCUCGCACACACGGUACAUUUGGACGUGAUCCUCAGGCUUCUAAACCAGAGGAUGACCGAUAUCUACGAGCUGCAAUUCAGGAGUAUGACAACAUCGCCAAACUAGGACAAAUCAUGAGAGAGGGGCCCAUCAAGGGCUCGCUGCUCAAUGUGGUUCUGGAUGACUAUCUGAGACUCAAAAAGCUGUUUGCCGCCCGCAUGGUCACCAAGUCAACCAGCCACGGUGACCAAUCAUCAGUCACAGAGCUGAUCCAAAGUGACCUGGAUGAAGAUGACGACGAGCGCGUUGGUGUUGGAGGUCGAGGAACCCUUCGCUUCAAGCACAAACUACCGAUCGAGCUCAGGGGUCCUGACGGGGUGCACGCAGUUCACGGCAGCACAGGCACGCUGUUGACCUCUGACCUCAACAGCCUGCCUGAAGAUGACCAGCGUGCCCUGGCACGCUCCCUUGAAGCCUUGCACACAGAUGGCGGACUGUAUGCCGAACGCAACGCCCGAACAGAAUCUGCAAAAUCCACACCUUUGCACAGAAACAAGGGCAGCGACACUCUGUCUGAGAGUCCGUUAGAGAUCACGGAAUUAUGACUAGCCGAGGCCUCGCUGGUCUGAGAAAACUACAACGUGCAUGCCACUCCUGGCUUUUUGUUAUCAACGGGAACUCUUUCCUGCGAUGUGGAGAAGAGUUCAGGUUUGUAAGGGCCAGGUGUGAGGAGGGUGUGUAGGUGUGUGUGUGGACCUGGAAUGCCCAAAUCAAGGGUGGCUCAUCUUGUCAGGGCUAUUUCAAGUGUACUGAAACUUUUACCACACACACUCAAACUACACAAUGGGCAGCGAAUGCACUCUCAGACCAGUGGAAGGCCGAAUAUGGACAUUAGUUUUUAUUUAGUUACUUUUUAAUAUUUCGAUAGGACACCAGGGAAUAACAUGGUCAUGUAUGUGUAUAAUGAACUGUUUGAACAGCUUAUGAGAGUAUAUCUCUGGGGCUUUUCACACUGCAAUUAACCCUGGGUUAAGCAACAUUUCACACUUGGAAAUUGAAAAAGGGUUUAACUCUGGGUUCUGAAGCUAGAACAGGGUUAGCACUGUUUAUUGCAGUGCCAUGGGUAUAUAGUCUGAAACUGUGCAGUGCUAGUAAAUGUUGAUGAGUUUAGCAACAGACAACCAGCCGUAGAUGAAAUCAUUCAAAUCAUUCAUGCACUUCGCAUGGCUGCAGGAAGUAUCUUUUUACGAUUCGUAGAAUAGUCAAUGUUUAAAAAUGUUGAACAGUGAUGGUAAACGUUAACUGGAGAGAUUAUGAAACAGUAUUAUUUUUGUAUGUAUAUUUUUUUUCUAUAGUGUUUAAAUUCACAAAGCACGAUUACAAAAAUACUCCGUUUUCAUGCAGGCAAUCCAAACAGUUGCCAUGUCUGCCACUGGUCGAAAAAUGUUCCCAAACGCACACCAUUGAUUGAGCUAAAGUUGCCGUGUCUUUUCGCCCUAUUCAAACUUCAGAUGACUGACUUAUAGCUGCGGUUACUGCUAUAGUAUUAUUGCGGUACCCAUACUUCAAAAUACCGGCUGUGUCACAGUAUUUUCCGAAUAGUUCCGUAAUGCAUGUAAAUAUUUACACAUGCAGAACUGAAACGUUUGGCAUGUAGUUGAUUUUCUUUCCUAAUAAUUGCUUCAGGGUGUGAACAUGAAUGGUGUGAACUGUGAAUAAUUGAUUAAUUAACAGAGCUGAAUAAUGUAAUAAUGUCGUAUCCAAAUCAUUUGUGUGGGACUACGAUACUGCUCUUUAAACGAUGAAAAAUAUGACGCGCCUCACCUUUAAGGCAAGAUGGCCACAUUCCCACGUGUUUGUAAAAGCAGGUUGCAUGCUUUAAAAUUAAAAAAUUUGUGUUUCCAGAACAUGACAACAUGUGGUAGAGUAUUAACAAUGUGAAAAUGUGCAUUAUUAUUUAUAUUUAAACAAACAAACCAACCCUGGGUUAACAGGUAAGUGUGAAAAGUCCAUCUGAUAUAAAGAAGAAAUGACCACAAGAAAACAUCGUGUACUGCAAGCUGCUGUGUGCUGGUGUCUUUACAGUGAGAUUUAAGACAUUACAAAAAUGACUUCAUGAACUCCAUCUAUAAAAAAUUGUGAACUAUCUGAAAAAAAGUGGAAGACUGCAUUGAAGAAAAUGGACUAAAUGCUGUUCCAUGGACCAAUGGGGAAAGCCAGUUAGCAGACCAAACACUGUUUCCACUGAACUUACUGAGGCCAGAGGUUUGUCUGGUCAACUAACAAACCAUUUCAUUUUUGCUUGAACUGAGGGAUUUAUGUGUGUCAUGUGUUUUAAUAAAAA